GGGGUGGGUUCCUGCCUGACCUGGAAACUAGGGAAAGCUAAGCUUGCAGCUCGUUCUCUCAGUAACGCUGUGGGGACCUGGGGGAAUGAAAAUGAGAGCUAUAACUCGGCUGCUGAAUCUGCGAGCACUUAGUGUCUCGCCAGCUGUGUCAAAAAGGAUUUUACGACUGCCCAGCUCCCUUGCCGGAGGAAGGUAUGGGUACAGUACACAGCCUGAGGACUCAAGGCCAAUCAGCCGCUUCCCCAUACCUUAUAAAAAGGACUUGCCCUAUGAUAUAGUGGAACUUAUGGAAGAAGUGGAGAAUAAGAGUGGAUUUUUGCCAAACGUUUUUAAGGCAAUGGCGCACAGACCAGAUGAAUUCAGAGCAUUUUUUGCAUAUUAUGAUGUCCUUCUAAACAAAGAAUCAGGCAAUCUAUCAAAGGCAGACAAAGAGCUUAUUAUUGUUGCUACCAGCGCAAACAACAGGUGCCCUUACUGCGUGACUGCACAUGGUGCACUACAUAGAAUAUAUUCAAAGAAUAACAGAUUAGCUGAUCAGGUUGUGGUUAACUGGAAUCUGGCAGACCUCAGCCAGAGAGAAUGUGCAAUGCUGGAAUUUGCACUGGCAAUAGCCAAUGCAGAAAACAUUACUGAAAAUCACUUCACCAAACUAGAGGUUCAUGGCUUUGACCGCGAAGAUGCCUGGGACAUUGCCAUGAUUACUGCUUAUUUUGCUAUGGCCAAUCGCAUUGCACACUUAAUGGACUUACGACCCAACCAAGAAUUUUAUUCCCUUGGAAGGAUUCCCAGGGUAAAAUCUGAAGAAUCAAAAACUUAAAAGUAUCAGACCAUGGAGUCUUGUAUUCUAAACCUAAAAUACAUAUUAGCAAAAACUGAUACUUCCGUUUAAAUUAGGAGUUACUUUCUAAUGACCAUUUUUUAAUAUUCCUUGCUGUGGGCUUAUAUAAUGUUUAAUCUAUAAUAUGAGCAGACAAGUUGGUAACACACUUCUACUUUAUAAAAAAUAUUUACUAACAGUCUGUUAGUGUAUAAAUGCAUUACUAGUAUUAAAAUAACUAAGCAAAUUAAUCAUAUUAGUAUGUAAAAAAUCACAGAUAAAAUCUAAUUACGCAAUGUUCAAUACAACUUUUUGGUGUCUGAGAGUGCCUGAUUAUGCUUUUGAGGACUUCCUUUUGGAGACUUUUGGUCUGAAAUAAUAUUAGUAACAGGACAUGCAGAUCAGUGUU